AUGAAGUCUCGAGGAUUAUACACGAAGAUUACCGAGAUCUUGUAUGCGACCUAGCUGUUUUAAUAUUUCCUGUUAUAUAUUGUAUUUCAGUUCAGCUAGCCGAAAAGAAUCAUUUCCAGAGGUGAAUACUCAACCGAGUAGAUGGAGUUAUGUCCACGGAGCCUCGGAUCGUCCCUUGAUACACAAAACGGUGGCUCAGAUUCUCCAGGGCACGGUGGAGGCUGUUCCCAACAAAGAUGCAUUUGUUCUUCCACAUCGGGAUUACCAUAAGACUUAUUUGGAACUCUGGGAUGAGGUGAGUGAUAUCAAGUUUAAUGACAUAACAACUAAAUUUAUUUCAGUCUCGACGUCUCGCCCGUGGAUUACUGUAUUUGGGACUCCGUCCAGGAGAUCGUUUGGCCAUUUGGUCCCCCAAUUGUUACGAAUGGGUCCUAACUCAAUAUGCUGCUGCCAGAGCUGGUAUUAUUCUUGUCAGUGUGAACUCGGCUUACAAAACAGCAGAAUUGAAACAUGUUAUGGAGAAGGUUGGGGCCAAAGGUCUCAUUGCUCCGUUCGAACAUCGACAAGCACAGUAUUACAAGUGAGUUGUGACCAUAUUAUGUACAUCGUCAUCAUCAAUCACAUCGUUAGUUGAAAUUUGUAUUUUCAGAAUGAUGACUCAAUUGAUCCCUGAGAUAGAAGAGAAUCCUAACGGCAUUGGCCAUCUCCAUCAUAAUGUUUUACCAGCUCUGAAGCACUUUAUCACAUUUGAUUACAAAUUUCAAACACCAACCUUCAAGUAGGUCAUCUCUGUAUAACGCCCUUUAUUUUUAGAGGGGCCUGGAACUUCUGGCAAUUGGUUGAGGCUGGAGGGGAGAGAGAAUCUGUACUUUUGAAUAAAAUUGAUAAGGAAUUAUCUCCAGAUGAUAUCCUCGCCAUCAUGUUCACAAGCGUAAAUGACCGUUAAUAUAAAAUUGUUGUAAUAUAAUUUUAGGGUAAGACUGGUCGUCCAAAAGCCUCGGCUCUCACUCAUCAUAACGUCCUCAACAACGCGUUAUCGGUGGGAAGAAGAAUGGGAUUGAAUAAAGAAGUAAGUGUAAUAUAUUAUUAUAGUUGUAAUAUAAUUUGCUUGAUAACGUCGUUUCAGAGGCAGAAUAUCUGCGUUCCUGUCCCUCUUCAUGGUGCAUUUGGUGCAGUCCUCGGAAGUCUGAACAGUGUUCUUCAUUACAGUACUUGUGUUCUCCCUUGUAGUCGUUUUAGUGCCUCCGGUGUUUUGCAAAGUAUCCAGGACAGAAGGUGAAGAUUAAAUUAUUGAAUUAUGACGACAUUAUAGUUGUUCUGUAGUCCUUUCGACUCCCACAAUGUUUAUCGACAUGCUGAAUGAUCCAAAAUUUAAGCAAUACAAUCUCAAUUCACUCAAGACGGGUUAGUUAAGUAAUGUGAUAAAACUCGGGCAAUUUAUUUUCAGCAUUAGUCAGUGGUGCGAAAUGUCAACCACGACUUUGUAAGGAGAUUGUAAGUAAUUUUGGUCUCCAAGCUCUUCACAAACUUUAUGGAACAACGGAAGUAUCCCCAGCUGCAUUUAUGACCAUACCCAAUGAUCAAUAUGAUACUGUAGGAAAUGUCCUCGAUCAUAUUGAAGCCAAAGUCAUUGAUGCUGAAGGUCGAAAAGCGAUCAGAGGAGAGAUCGGAGAGCUUUGUAUCAGAGGAUAUUCGGUGAUGAGUGGAUAUUGGAGUGAAGAACAGAACGAAAAAAACCGAGGAGUCGAGCCGGAUAGAUGGUACAGAACUGGGUGAGAUGGCUUUACAGGUUAACAAAGCUUCUGUAGAGAUCUAGCAAAGAUGAAUGAUGAUGGCACGUUGAUAAUUGAAGGUCGAGUGAAGAACGUAAUCAACCGAGGCGGCGAAGCUGUGUAUGCAAGGGAAUUGGAGGUCUUCUUACUCUCUCAUCCGGCUGUAGCUGAUGCUCAUGUAAGUGUAGAGCAGCAUUAAAAAGAUUGUUAGGUGAUUGGAGUGAGAGAUGAGAGAUUGGGCGAAGAGAUUUGUGCUUGGAUCCAGCUGAAGGAUGGAGCCGAGAAUACCACGGUAGAACAUCUUAUCAAGUACUGUAAAAGCCAGGUAACGAACUACUUACAAUUACAUGACUGUUUAGCUGGCACACUUCAAAGUGCCUCGGUAUGUUAUCUUCAAGAGAGAUUUCGAAUUCCCAAAGCUGGAGACGGGAAAAAUCGACAAGGAAAAGAUGAGGAAAUUGUCCGAGAAGACCCUCGGCAUCCAUUAG